UCAAUCUCUUCCUUGAGCACCAGAAGUCUUCACUACUAAUGGAACCAUUGAACAUUUCCACCAUUAUUGCCCAGGAGACACGUUACAGUUCACUGAACACACGUAAACAUUUUGGGACAAUUUACCCCAAUAGUGGGUAUCACCGUAUGGAGUAAGUCGUCACUAUAGGAACAAUUCAUUAAACAGUGAUAAAGAAUUCAUCUGGAAACAAUCAAAGUACUGUUUCACCCAACGAAACUGCAAAUGAAUAAUUCAUGUGUAAAACACGUGACUGCUUGACCCAAUCUGGCUUUAAUGAACGUGUUCUUGUGCUGAGAACCCAGUUCCACUUUUACCUUCAACAGAAAAUAUAUCUAGAAUGUCAUUUAAGACAGAUUUGAAGGAGGCGUUGGAACCAACAUCCAAAAUCACUUCUGGAAAUAAAACAAACAUUUCAGUCAUUUGACUCUGAUGCAAAAGGUAAUAGUUACCAUGUGACAACUAGCCCCGAGCUCCCCUAAAGUGAGUUUUUAAAACUAAAUCAAAUGCAUGCGCAUUUCCCCACAGAAUGCCAUUGAUGGAGUUGAAAUCCUCGUGCACGCGCAUCAGAACAGAGGUGCGGAAGAUAAACGCGUGAAUUGUCGCAUUGAUUGAUCAGUGCAGAGCCCGACGGGUUGUGUCUCGUGGGGUUGUUAAAGGACGCAGCUUGUGUCCUGCAUGGAUGAAUGCACACAUGACUGCAGCUGCAGCUGCGCGCACACAUGCGGGAUACUCCAGAGGAACUGUGUGUCUGUGAGGGGUGCAAUGCAGCUCCUUUAGUUCUGUGAGGGAAUGAGAGAGCAGCACAUCUCGCUUCUGCCGGACUCUGAGUGCUCGUGAUGGAGGGUUUGGACCGGGCAGGACUCGUGCUCGCGCUCAUCGGGGUUCUUCUCUUACAGAUGUCGGUGUCGGCGGAACAGGAGGUGGAGAAUCUGUCCGGACUGUCUGUGAAUCCGGAUCGGGAUAUAUUUGUGGUGCGUGAGAACGGCUCGACGUGUCUGAUGGCGGAGCUCGCGGUGAAAUUCCUCGUUCCGUACGAUGUUCUCGCGCUCAACGGGAUCGACCUGAUCACGGAGCAGGUGUCUCUGUCGGUCCCGCGCGGGGCUCAGAUUGCCGGUAAAUGCGGGACGAGUGAAUCGGAGCUGCACAUCUCGUGGAUUAAUGACGCAUUCAUAUUCCGCAUCUUCUUCUCAAAGGAGAUGAGCAGUGAUGAUAAAGCCAAAGAAACUGAAGUGUGGAAAAUAAACAAGGUUCAGCUGGUUUAUGACACAUCAGAGAAGACACACUUUAUAAAUGCUUAUAACCCGGGGAAACACACAGCGAGCACACACCGUCUGUCAGCGCUGGUCACUCCGGCCGGUCACUCAUAUGUGUGUGCGGCUCAACAGACGCUCACGCUGAUCUCCAGCGAUCAUCAGAAGGGAAUCACCGUCUCCAUGUACGACAUCCAGAUCCAACCCUUCGACAUCAACGGAGACUUCAUCUUCAGUGAACCGUAUAAAUGCAUCACAGACGAGCGCGAGCAGUUUGAACAGAUGCUGCCGCUGAUUCUGGGUCUGAUUCUGGGUCUGAUCGUCGUCGUCACCAUCUCUGUGUAUCACUUCCACCUCAAACUGACGGCACAACAACAAGUGCAGCUGCCGCAAGACCGCUCGCUCUACAAGAACAUGUGAACAAACACGCCACAUCAUCAUACUGUGACGUCUCAUGCAAACAUCUGAAAAAUGCUUUAUAUUUGUCAAAUGUAUUUAUAUUAAAUGUCAAAAGAUGUCUGUGCGAUCAUCGUCACACUGUUGCACUGAUCACAUGUAUGUUAUUUACCACAUGCAUGUCUGUCACUGUAUUAAAUAGAAAUACUUCAGUUGCUUGAAGAUGUCAAAUAUUCCUGAACAUCUGAUUGAAAAUAAAUGAUUUUAUGUCCAUAUGAAACUCUGUUUGUGUGAAUGUGUGUAUAAAGU